GUAGAACACAAGCGUCAGCUCCAGCUUUUUCCUAUGCUCUACUUCAAAGCCAUGCGCAAGUAGACAAAUUUGACAAGAUAUAACAAUGACACUGAGUCUGCUGGGCCUAAUGCGGCCGGCGUUGUGCCGAUCCCUCGUCGCCCUGGUCCCCAUGGUGAGGUCUCCUCAGCUGGCAGUCAUCUCCAGGGUCCAACAGCUGCUCCCAAAUACCUGUCAUGGAAACAUGGUCCCCCCUGCCGCCUCCUGCGUUCGCCUAUAUGCCACCAAGAAGAGUAAAGCGAAGGCAGCGAAGGGCCAGGCUUCCAAAGUGAACAUCAACUCCUCGCUGGUGGAGGACAUCAUCAGUCUGGAGGAAGUGAAGGAGGAUAUGGCCGCCGUCCUCACCACCCUGAAGGACGACUUCAGCCGCAACCUGAGCAUCAGAACCUCUCCAGGAGCUCUGGAUCACAUUGUGGUGUCCAUGGCAGACGGCAAGUUCCCACUGAACCAGCUGGGUCAGAUCUCCAUGAAGUCCCCUCAGCUCAUCAUGAUCAACAUGACCGGCUUCCCAGAGGCCAUGGCUGCUGCCACCCGCGCCCUGCGAGAGAGCAGUAUGAAACUCAACCCUGAGGUGGACGGCACCAUCAUCAGGGUGCCCAUUCCCAAGGUGACGCGUGAGCACAGGGAGAACCUGGCUAAGCUAGCUAAGCAGUUCGGUAACAAGGCCAAGGAGUCUCUGAGGAGGGUGAGGUCCAACGCUGUCACUCAGGUGAAGAAGGCCAAGGAGACUGUCUCCGAGGACACCAUCCGAUUGGUGGAGAAACAGCUCUCUUCUCUACUCUCUCAGGUCGGGCAGAUGGCAGACAGCUUUGCAGCAGAUGUGGACAAGCAGCUGACUACCAAGACAAAAGAGCUGCUGGGGUGACGACAACAAACAGCACCACACCUUUAUUUUUGAUACUGUCGUGUUUGCAACAGUUCCUCCUGCGUAUAUGACUGAACACGAUACUGAACACAAUACUGAACACGAUACUGAACACUAGUUGAUGAUAGAGAAUUGAUGGAGAUCUCAUACUGUGCUGUAGGUUCGUUUGGCGCUCGCUGGGGGCUUGUUUGUGUGUUCCACUCAUGCGUAAACAGAAGUUGGCAUCGCACGACAGUGGCUGCUGGGUUUCUCAUUCACUCUCGUCUUCAAACAAACAGAGGGGAGAAAUUGACUUUUAAUGGCAUCUGGGAGCCUCCUCCUAAUCAAACUGAUGCUACAGAGAGCUGUGUUUAUGUAGAAAGCACCACACUCAAUGUAAACUGUGUGUUUAUUCUGGUCUGAGACACCGAGACAAUCUCCCAGAGGACAGGAAGAAUAGAGAUAUUAACGUGGUGCCAACAGCCAGCAUUUAUUUCAAACUCAGCCUUAAAGGGAUAGUUCAGCGAUUUUACGCGUUACAUUUUUGUUUCCUUACACUUGGACAUAGAGUGACUGCAAUCCACACUUAUUUGUUGUUGUUGUAAAACUAGCCACUGCCAACAAAUGCUAAUAUUUCAAGGUAAGGAAACAAAUAUCAAGGUGUAGGUCUGAUGUGUUUGAUGUGUCCUCAGGCCGUGGCUGCUGCCAGAGAGCAGUAUGAAACUCCAACUCCAAUCUAAAAAGGAAAAAUCACUGAACUAACCCUUUAACGCCACUACAAACUCACCGGUUCGUUCCGUCAGUUUGUUGUGGAUUAAUCCUACAGCGACCAAUGCAAACACAAUAAAGUGGGCACUACCCUUAUUUAUGAGCGCCAUUAACUGAAACACUGCUUUGUACGUCAUCUCUCUUACGUUUUUUCUUCUUUGCCUUUUAUGUGAGUCAAUGUUAGAUUUCCUUCAUUAGUUAGUGAUACUGGUCUACUUUCUUCCUGUGUACUAAACCAUAAUGUAUCAC